CUUGCUCCCUGUAAUCCCAAAAGCCAUCAGGCUGAAGGUUUUGGAACGGAUGUUGGAAGAUGUUAGCUGUGGAUACUGGGGUUGUGGAGGAGUGGUUAUCAGAGUUCAAGACACUGCCAGAAGCAUCCAUAUCCAGCUAUGCUACAAACUUGAAAGACAAGAGUGCUUUGAUUUCAUCUCUUUACAAAGUAAUUCAGGAGCCACAGAAUGAACUUCUGGAACCAGUUUGUCAUCAGCUCUUUGAGUUCUAUCGCAGUGGUGAGAAACAAUUGCUACGAUUCACGCUGCAGUUUCUACCGGAAUUGAUGUGGUGCUAUCUUGCUGUCUCAGCCAGCAGAGAUUUGCAGAGCAGUGGAUGUAUAGAGGCUCUUCUCCUAGGAAUUUAUAACUUGGAGAUAGUUGACGAAGAGGGACAUAGCAAAGUGCUGAGUUUCACGAUUCCAUCUUUGUCCAAACCUUCAGUCUAUCAUGAACCUUCCAGCAUUGGCUCCAUGGUUCUCACUGAAGGAGCUUUAUCGCAGCAUGGUUUGUCCAGGGUUGUAUACAGUGGACCUCAUCCUCAGAGGGAGAUGUUAACAGCACAGAACAGGUUUGAAGUGCUGACUUUCCUUCUGCUCUGUUACAAUGCUGCCUUAAGCUACAUGCCUGCAGUUUCUCUUCAGUCAUUGUGUCAAAUUUCUUCAAGAAUUUGUGUCUGUGGAUAUCCUCGCCAACAAGUGAGAAAGUACAAGGGAGUCAACAGUAGGAUUCCAGUUUCAUCUGAAUUCAUGGUGCAAAUGCUAACAGGGAUUUAUUAUGCCUUUUAUAAUGGAGAAUGGGACCUGGCUCGUAAAGCUAUGGAUGACAUUUUGUAUAGAGCACAGCUGGAACUGUAUCCAGAACCUCUGCUGGUUGCUAAUGCAAUAAAAGCUUCACUGCCUCAGGGUGCCAUGAAAUCUAGCAAAGAAGGUACAAGAUGCAUUCAGGUUGAAAUUACACCUACUUCAUCCAGGAUAUCAAGAAAUGCUGUGACUAGCAUGUCUAUCCGAGGGCAUAGAUGGAAAAGGCAUGGUAAUACUGAUUUAGCAAUUCAAGAAGAACUGAUAGAAGUAUCUGAAACUGAUGAAGGUUUUUACUCUAGGGCUACCUCUAGUACAAGUCAGUCUGCCCUAUCUAACAGCAGCAACAUGAGCAGUAAGAACCUUUUAGGGAAGAGCCAACGAAGGUCUGGAGGAACCAAAGCUGGAGGAAAAGAAAAAGAAGGAGAAACCUGCAGAGAACACUUGUCACGAAAACAAACUCAGAGAGCCAUGAGUGAGAAUCUAGAGCUUGUCUCUCUGAAGAGACUAACACUGACAACUAGCCAGUCCCUGCCUAAGCCAGGCAGCCAUGGUCUGGCCAGAACGACCACUACUGUGUUUAGUAAAUCCUUUGAACAGGUCAGUGGUGUCACAGUUCCAAAUAAUCGUGGUGGUAUAUCCGGUACAGAGGCAAACAGGUUUUCAGCUUGCAGUCUUCAGGAAGAAAAACUGAUAUAUGGAACAGAAAGAACAGAUCUUCCAAUUUUAAGCAAACAACCUAAUCAGCAGCGACCUCCUAGUAUUAGCAUAACUUUGUCAACAGAUUGAUAUUAAAUUGGCAAGUAUGAAAAAUAAAAUAUUGAGGGUUUAUGCUGAUAUUGGUACAUUGGUACAUUAAGCUCCUUGAUAUGUUAUACAUUACUUUUGUAAACCUCAAGCCCAUAAAUUCUUAUUUGGCUCACGUUUGAUAGUAACAGUAAAUAGACAACAGUUGUAAUUAUUUUGCAUCAACUUCUAAUAGCUUGGGAAGUUCCUCUUUGACUUGCUGUAUUUAUACACCUGAUUGCUUACAGCUUCAUGUGAAGUUUACAGCUUCACCAAUUUAACAAGCAUUGAUAGGUUGUUUAGCCACUGACCCAGAUAUGUGGCUUUUUACAAAUGCACAGUACGGGAACAAGUAGAGCCUCUUUCCCAGACUCUACUUUUUGACUACCACUUGGCAUAGGCAAAACUGCAAGUACUUGUUUUACUUUAUAAGAGGAGUCUCGCAGUAUGGGCAUGAAAUCUUGGAACGGCUUUGUUAGAACAAACAUUCUUUUAUGUUAGUCAUGAGAAAGCUGUGCUUACAUGUAAGGUUAAAACUAGAAGCAUCAGUUCAGUGUUUGCUGUAUGGUGGUUUUGUAAUGUUAGUUAGUACACAUUGCAAUGUUCAUACUUCUUUAUGCCUAUAUGAGUCUGAAUUACAGAUGCAUUUUGGUUUUUCUAUAUGUCUUUUGAAACUGGGCCAAAAGUCAUACAGCAGCAGUAUUUGUGGAUGGGAGUUCUUGUCAGCUGCUGUAGUAGUCACUCUUUAGACUUACAAGUUGUGUGACAGACUCUGUCUGUCUUUCAGAUUCUUAAAUAUCAGGCACAAAACUACUCACUGAAAAGUCGCUGUCAUCAGUAUUUUUAUUAUUUAUGGGGAAGAGAUGUGCUUCUGUAACAAUGUUACAUAGGAGAUAAGGUAUGAGCCCUUUGCACUGACUCAAGCAAAUCAGGAGUGUGAAUGUGUUUAACAUGAACUUCUUAUCUUGAGAAUACUACCAAAGGAUGCAUACUUUCAGUAAU